AAAAAACCCACCUGUGUCACAUCAGCCCAUAAUCCGCUCCUCACCGACUUCAGCAAUCACCUGUCUGAAACCUUCCAUUUCUGUUUCGUUAUCCCGAUCUUUUUCUUCGUCUCGCCCUGUAGAACCACUCAAAGGGAAGCCAGCUGCUGCAAUCACAGCCCCCUCAGCAAAAGCCGGCUGCCGAUCUCCCCGAUUGUCUGAAAACCGCCCAAUUUUGCUUAACCACCGAAAAACCUGGGGCUUCUUCAAAUUAAAGAAACUAGAUUUGUUGGAUGAUUUUAUCCUUGUUCGGAAAUACCCCCUUCCAAAUCAGAUCCCAGUAGCUCUUCCAUAUGUGCCAAGUUAUCACUCCAGGCACUAUAGCAAUAUAGGUAGCAUCCAUGGAUUCCCCAGAACCUCCACUCCACCAUUUCAAAAGUUGAUCUUUAAUUUUACUAACCUUUCGCCUACCAGGUCGCAAAAGGCCUUCAAAGAAAUCCCAUAUUGGCUUUGCAAGAUUACAUUCAAGCAAGAUAUGAUCUUUUGAGCCUGAGGCAGACUGGCAGAAUAAAGGUUGCUAGCUGUUCUGGAAAUGGUAAACAAUUAUGCCAGAGUCUCCAAAGAAAAACUUUCACUUUUGGAAUUUGUUGUUUAUGCCAAAUGUUUGUAACUGAUAGAGUGUUCCCCCUUCCCCUCCAUAAAGCCUUGUAAGCCGACUUGGUACUAAACAGACCAUCACUAGAGUAUCUCCACUGUAUAGAGGUAGUAUCCCUGUCAACCAUAGGCUUGGCUUGCUAAUGAAUUUGACUGAUUCUCCUCCUGGUUGGAGAAUCCGAGUGCUUGGCCUCCCCCAACUGCCUUCUGCCAUAUUUUCUUUGCAUCAAUGAAGCCCAAAUAGACCCACCUUUUUUAAACUCCCACCAAAGUUUCAAGAAUGC